AUGCACAAAUACAAAAGUGCCCCAGGGAACGGCAUCCUGUCUCCGCGCCCCGAGGAGAACCCGCACUGGUGGAACGCAAACACCGUCUUCGUGCCGUACUGCUCGAGCGACGUGUGGAGCGGGAACGCGCCCGCGCUCCAGUCGAGCCCAGGUGGGUACGCGUUCCUAGGGGCGCGGAUCCUGCGGGAGGUGGUGGUGGAGCUGGUGAGGCACGGGAUGGGUCACGCGCGCACCAUCAUGCUGGCGGGCAGCAGCGCGGGGGGCACGGGAGUGCUGCUGCACCUGGACAGCAUGGCCGCCCAGCUCCGUGCCCUAGGGGUCCCUGCCCAGCUGAGGGGGCUCGCCGACUCGGGAUGGUUCGUGGAGCGCAGGGGGAGCGGAGCGGCCCCCGGCUGCGGAGGGGGGGUCCGGCCCGGGGCGGACUGCGGCCCGGGGGCCCCCGUUCACUCCAUGCAUCACGCCGUCCGCGGUGCCCGCCUGCAUCUCCCCCCGGGGGAGGAGUGGAAAUGUUAUUUUGGCUUCAUCACCUUCCAGACGCUCGCCACCCCGGUGUUUGUGGCGCAAUGGCUCUUCGACGAGGCCCAGCUGACCGCUGACAACGUGCAGCUGCUGGGCCCGACUCGGGGCGGCGACCAGCUGCCCUACCUGCGCGAGCUGGGACAGGAGCUGCGCGCCACCCUCCACCCGCUGCCGGCAGUCUUCUCUCCCGCGUGCCUCGCUCACACGCUUAUCACGAGCAGUGGCUGGGCUGACGUCCAGGUGAAGGGGCUGACGCUGCCUCGCGCCCUGCAGUGCUGGGAGCAGAACCUCCAGCACGCAGCGUCCCGAAACGGCACCCAGCAGCAGCAGCAGCCUGCUGCGGAACGGUCACCGCCCGCCGUUGGCAGCGGCGUCGCUGGCGAGGGGGGCAGCAGCAGCAGCGGUGGCAGCAGCAGCACCAGCGCCUCGUCCUCCACCCCGGCGGAGCGGUGGGCGGCGGCGGCCCCGGCGGCCCCGGCGCCUUGCGCCUUCCGCGCUGUCGACAGCUGCCCGUGGCCGCACUGCAACCCGAGUUGCCCGGCACUGCGCGACGCGCUCACGGGCCAGGAGGUGAGCGCCAUCGCCUUCCUCACCCAGCUGGGCUUCGACGUGCGCAGCAUGGCCUCGCAGCUCGGCAUGGACCCCGACACGCUGCUCAACGUGCUCAGCGACGGCACAUAGGGGCGGGGGUGGGGGUGGGGUGGGGGGGAGUUGCGGGGAGGGGGGGCCGAGGGGCCGGGGGGAGGGGGCUGCGGCCGUCGACCAGCACGGAGACGCGGAGGGAGCCUUGCGGAGGACUCGGUGGGUUUGGAACGCGGCGUUGGGAGGACGCGAGCCGCUGGGUGGAGCGAAACGUCGGACAUCGUGUUGAGCAGCACAGAGCGGUACAACCAGAAAACCACAUCGGCGUGCGAAUCACCCCCCUGCCCCCCCCCCCCUUUAUCCUGCUAUCUGAAAAAUCGUUCCAGACGUCUGUGUGUUCAUCACUCACGAAAAAUCACGGAUAACGGGACGAAUCGUGCGCCUCCAGAUAAUCCGACCCCCGGGUGGCAUCGUAAGAGGGACACGCACGUUGGGCACGUUGAACUUAUUUCGCGCCGCACGUCGUAGCCAACCGUGCUAAUCGGAGGUGCGGGAAAAAGGGUGACUAUAGCUGCUGGUUGACUCUCACGCUGCUGCUGGGUGCACUGCCCCACCCCCCCCUCCCCCGCGAGACCCACCAAAUUGAUAUUGAUAUUUACCAGAGGUAAGUAUAUUGAAUGUUGUUUUAUUAAUGUAGCGCCCAGUGGAGGCAGCUUGGAGUUCUAGGACCGCCCUCCUUGGGAUCCAUCGGAGUGCCGGGGAAGAAGCGGAAAGAGAAGCGUGGGUGAGUGAGUGGGUGAGUGAGUGGGUGGGUGAGUGGGUGGGUUGGUGAGUGCGUUGGUGAGUGGGUUGUUGGUGACCUGCAGUGUGGUGGUGGUGGUGGCGGUUGAGACGACACGGUCCGUGUCUACUAGAGACCGAGUCCUCGACACGGGCGGAGGAAUCAAGGAGCGUAGUUCGAAGGAACGGUAACCUUGGUAAUAGCUAGCAGUCGCCAUGGUUAUAGCAGUAACCAUGGUGGUAACCAUGGCGAUUCGAUUAAGUAACAGAAUCAAUAAACUGACAAUUCGCCACCUUACCGUGUCCGUCCCCUCCGCGUAAAAAAAUAUUUGACACAUCCCGUGAGCCACACGGCCUUCUGUGAGUGCAUCUCAUCAGCAGCAUUGGUUCAACGCGAGCAGAAAGCACCGGUUUCGACAUUCGGUGUCUCACCAGCAGAGCCGGGCUUGCUUGAACCAGUGCUGGUGAAUUGCCACGUGUUUAUUGACAACGACUCUCUCUCUCUUCUUGGUUCGAUGCAAAGCCAUCCAACGCACGAUGGUUAUUUGUCUUUUUAAAUCCUUUAUAUUAAGUUCGCUUGCUUGCUUAGGACCGUGCAAAUCUUUCGGUCGUUUUUUAAUCCACUUCCCGUGAUCCAAUCGAGCUGACAUUUUCCACACAGACUCGUUGUGCGUGACAAUUAAUGUUCGUGAACAUUUUUUAAAAUUUUUUUUACACUUUUUAGGACAAAAAUAUAAUAUUUAAUUACCAAUUGCUUAAUGGUGCAAUGCAAUCAUCUGACCCAUAGGUGGCAGCCAUCUCAAGCCAGAGGACGAGAGGACUCUAGCCGCCACGCAUAUAAAGGAUUAAUAGUGAAAAACUUUGUUUUUACGGGUUAUACUUUUUUUCUGCUCGGUGACAUGCUGGGCGAGAAGCGUGGACAACAAAUGGGGGUCUACAGACGCAGAGGUUCAUCACUGCUGAUGACUUGAGGUUCGCCAUGCAUCGAUAUAAUCAAUUUUUACGUAAACGAUAUGCGAACGAGUGCUGAUGUUGCAUUUAGGUGGAUGGAGCAGACGAGGUGGUACAAACGGGAAACCAACGCAAACGCGGUGGUGCAAAAAAAUCGAUUCUUGAAUGGAAUCGUGGCACCCCCCGGAUGGCUUUUCCCUCCCGAACGUUGUGGAUUUUGCUCCGACUUCCCGCAGCAUCGGCCCCGAUUGCUGCGUCGGCGCGGCCGCAAGCCGAACGGCCGCAUCUCGAACACGAAGGGCGACUCGGCCGCGAGGAGGUUUGGUUCUUGAACGUCGCUGGUCGGCGCGCCGCGAGACGCCUGUGUACGCCGCGCGACAAUUGAAUUCGUUUGGCCGUGUCGGGCGGUGCGGGGACUUGACGACACAAAUUCGGGGCCGGAUAGUUUACGUGGCCCGACCCAAAACCCCCCAACCCUGGACUCCACCGUUGGCUGUGAAGGCCCCUCUGCGGCGUUGGGCUCUACGCGGAGCCUCCGCCACGACCGUGAUGACGAUCGCUCUUGUCGACCGCGUCUGAACGAGACUUUGAUCGCUGUACAUUUCACGUGGUGUUGUAUAAUAAAUUCAUAAUGUACAUCCGUUCUCAAUCCACUGCUGAUUAUUGCAAUUCUCCCAAACUGUAACUUCACCACGCCAGUCAGCGGGCGG